CUCUAGCAUCCCAGACAGCCAAGGGAGUGUAGGCGGCCUCUACGUGAGUCGUGGCAGGGAUGGCUGGCACUGGCGCUGCCACUUUCCUUCGCGCUCAGCUGUGCUGAAUGCUCCAGGACUCAAUUACUGGAAUUGUCAACUCUUUCAACCUGUUUUUCCCAUCCACUAUGAGCAGACCAACUCUGAUGCCCACCUGUGUGGCUUUCUGUAGCAUUCUCUUCCUCACCUUGGCUACAGGAUGCCAAGCUUUCCCAAAGGUGGAAAGGAGGGAGACNGCACAAGAAUAUGCAGAGAAAGAGCAGUCCCAGAAGAUGAACACAGAUGACCAAGAAAACAUCUCCUUUGCUCCAAAGUACAUGCUGCAGCAGAUGUCCUCUGAAGCUCCAAUGGUACUAUCUGAAGGACCUUCAGUGAUACCAUUACAUAAAGUAUUCUCAGUCAACAAAGAGAGCCAUCUUCCAGNAGCUGGGCUUCUGCAUCCUACCAGCCCUGGUGUUUACUCUUCCAGUGAGCUUGUGGUCUCAGCCAGUGAACAAGAGCAUGGCCCCAGCCAGCUUGAAAGAAUGUCUACUGAGCACAGCCUUUCCAAGGCCAUGUUAACUGCUGCUGUAUCUUCACCUGCCUCUCUGAAUCCUGACCAGGAGGGACCCUAUAACAGUUUGAGUACCCAGCCUAUUGUAGAAGCAGUCACAGAUGUAACACAUGGUUCUGUGGAUUAUUUAGAUAACCAGUUAUUUGCAGCUAAAAGUCAGGAAACAUUUAGCUUAGGAAAUUCACCUUCUUUCUCUAUAAAUACCAAAGAACCUGAGAUAAUCAAAGCAGAUGCAACCAUGGGAACUACUGUCUUUCCUGGUGUUGAUUCUACAAGAGACAAGGAGCCUGACAGGGAGAGACCCUCAGAGAUGGCAGCUGAUGAUGGCCAGAGCACUACCACCAAGUAUUUGGUGACAGUCCCCAAUAAUGUCCUGACUAUUGAAUCAACAGCCGGCAGUAUUUUGGAGGACACUAAGGUCACAGUGAGUGUCAGCACAGCUGGCCCAGUCUCUUCUGUCUUCAGUGAGGAGUGGGAUGACACCAAAUUUGAGAGCAUAAGUCGGGGGAGGCCCCCAGAGCCAGGAGACAAUGCAGAGACUCAAGUGAGAACAAAACCUCCACAUGAGACCUAUGAGAACUUUGAGGGGACUGAGGAGAGCCCCACUUCCACAGCAGUUUUAAAGGUGGCUCCAGGGCUCCUGGGAGGAGAACCAGCCUUGGGAACAGCCCUGGUGACUGCAUUGGGGGAUGAGAGGUCACCAGUCUUGACCCAUCAGAUUUCCUUCACUCCCAUGAGUCUGGCAGAAGACCCUGAAGUUUCCACCAUGAAGCUGUUUCCAAGUGCAGGAGGCUUCAGAGCCUCUACCCAGGGGGACAGGACCCAGCUCUCCUCAGAGACUGCAGUUUCUACCUCUCAAAAUGAGUCUGUGCCACAGCAGGAAGCAGGAAAUGUGUUAAAAGACAUCACUCAAGAGAUAAAAAUGGCUACUCAAGCAAUGAACACUAUAUUACCUGUGGUGACACAAGAGCAUAUGGCUACCAUCGAGGUUCCCAGAGGCAGUGGGGAGCCUGAAGAGGGCAUGCCAUCCCUCUCUCCUGUGCCUGCUGAAGUGGGUGAUGCUGAGCUGUCCAGAAGAUGGGAGUCUCUGGCCACUCCAGCCUCCACCACUGUUGUCCCUUUGUCUCUCAAACUUACCUCUUCCGUGGAAGAUCUCAUGGACACAAUCACUGGAGCAAGUGAAGAAUUCAUACCAGUUUUGGGCUCUCCAGUGGCACCCCCUGCAAUGACUGUGGAGGCUCCCACAAUUUCUUCAGCACUCCCUUCUGAGGGAAGAACAAGUCCAUCUAUCGGCCGCCCAAAUACAGCUGCUUCCUAUGGCCUAGAACAACUUGAAUCUGAAGAGGUAGAAGAUGAUGAGGAUGAAGAGGAUGAAGAAGAUGAAGAGGAUGAAGAAGAUGAGGAAGAUGAAGAGGAUGAGGAAGAUAAAGAGACAGACUCCUUGUAUAAAGACUUCGAUGGUGACACUGAACCACCAGGGUUUACUCUGCCUGGCAUCACGUCCCAGGAACCUGACAUACAUCCAGGAAGCAUGGACCUACUAGAGGUAGCCACCUACCAGGUGCCAGAGACCAUCGAGUGGGAACAGCAGAAUCAAGGUCUGGUGAGAAGUUGGAUGGAAAAGCUAAAAGACAAGGCAGGCUACAUGUCUGGAAUGCUGGUGCCUGUUGGGGUAGGGAUAGCUGGAGCCUUGUUCAUCUUGGGAGCGCUAUACAGCAUUAAGGUUAUGAAUCGCCGAAGAAGAAAUGGGUUCAAAAGGCAUAAAAGGAAGAGAGAAUUCAACAGUAUGCAAGACAGAGUGAUGCUGUUAGCUGAUAGCUCUGAAGACGAAUUCUGAACCGGACUUGAGUUUAACUGAGAUCUUCCAUGAUAUUAUUAUUGUAUUUUCUAUUUGAAGGCAAAAAGAAGAAAGAGAAUAAAUAAAUAAGAAAGAAAAGUAUCUCACCACCUUGCUGCUACCAGGCCUUCGGUCCAGCCCCAUCUCUGCUGGAGAGUAGAAUUUUUUUCUUGUGCUCAACAGAAAAAACACACUGUACCCUAAAUGCAGCAUGCAGUGUUCUGCUAUUCUGUAGUGUGUAUGUCAUCAACAAGGGCUGCAAUUUAGAAACUCAUAGGAUACAUGUUCAGUGGGAAAUAGGUAGAAUAAAUAUUUUGUAUUUUUCCAUCGCCCUUUUCUUGGUUUGGAUUACUGGACUGAAGUUAAUGGUGUCACCACCAAGGCCUCGUUGACUUUGAUAGACAAAUUCUAAGGAAGAAUAACUUUUCAUAGUCCUUCCCUACCUUUUUGAUGUUGUUGGCUUUGGUGUACCCUAUCUCUGCAUCAAAGACUAGUUACCACUUGGAAUGUUUUUUUUUCCCUGAGAUAUCUCAGCCUAUUAGAAUUACAUGCAGGUCUGUGUGUAUCUUGCAUUAAAUUUUCCAGCCUUUUGUUUUUUAUUAUUUUUCUCUUUCAUAGUCUUGCUGUUAGUUAAAAAAAGAAAUACACCAGAAAUUAUACAUUACAUAAAUCUUUAACCUUAAUUUAUGCUUGCUUUCUUAAAUAGUGUGACUUAAUUCAAUGCAUAUACUGAAUGAUUCUUAUUUGUUUGUUAUUAUGAGAUUAGCUAAGAAAUAAGAAUGAUAUCAAAACGAGGGUGUGUAUGCUCCCAGAGUGAUUGUCCCUGCCAUUUGCUUCUAUGUUUAUGUAGCUAUUACUUUUCUAGAUCUGAUACUACUAUGGAAGAAGUGGGCCACCAGUGGUCUUUUGGGCUUUAAUAGAUAAGGUCAGCAUUCUUUAGAGAAAAUGGCCCAGUGGCCAGAGUUCUCAUGUACAAAGGAUCUUUGGGCAUCCCUCAUAGGGAUGAUGGACUGUUAGAUCCUUUCUCAUUUUCCUUGGAAUGUAAUUUCCUCUUCUAUACCAAAUAACACAUUCAAACACCCUCUUUGAAUUGGGGUGUUUGGGAAUUUUGGUUCAUUAGAUUUAGCAAUAUGGUUUGAAUCAUUUCUAAGGAUGGAAUAAGGUAAAUUCCAAAAGACCAAUCAGGAGCAAAAUCAGAUGCACCGAUGUCUUUAUUCAAACUAGCUCAGGCUUAACUCAUCACAGAUUCACAGGGUGGUUCUGUGGGAGUUGGGGAAAGCCCUGAACAUUCAUCAAAACAAGGUUUUAUAGAAAGCAGCAAGCAAGGGGUGAGUGUUUCUAGCCUGGCGAGCAUCUAAUUAGGGUGCUAUUGUGGCCUUUAGCAUAAUUGGCUGGUGCUGGGACCCAAACCACAAACUUAACUUCUACUUUCUUCCAAAUUGGUGGUCAUUAGGUAGAGAGUGGGCUUGUUUGGUGUUAAACUGGAAACUGGUGCUGAAUACAUUUGUUGGGGUUGGCCUAGAAACUGGCUCAGGUUUUGCUGGAAAGUAACUUAGAUACUGAUGGUAGGUAACCAGCCUGUUAGUUUACUUGAGUUCAAACUUAGGUCAGUUCUCUUAAGAUGGAGUUUGAACCCAAAAAUUAGGUCUCUCACUAUGACUAUGGAGAAUUUGUUCAUAGUAAAUAGAGCCUAUUCUAUGAUGACAGGGUCAGUUUAAUUACUCCUGAUAGCUUCUGGGUGAGGAAGGAUGCAUGUUUCUAUUUUUCCAUUCUACUGAAGAUGGAACUAAAGUAGAGAAGAGAAAGAAUCAUCAGAUAUGUGUGUGGACUCAGCAUAAGGACCACCUUGGACCCAAACUAUAGUCUGGCCCUUUACCAUGGCAUUGGAAUGUCCUUCUUUAAAACCAAAUCUACUUGGUCAAAAAACAUGUAUCAUUAAUUUCUGUGUUUGUUAAAUGAAUGAAUCUUUCCCACAAGUACUUUCCUCGCACACAAAUUUAAGUAUCAUCUCUAGGGAACUAAUGGGAAAAUUUCAUGGAACCCAGUUUUGAAUGCUGGCUACCUCCCAAAAAAUAUUUUUCCUAAGUUUAGUUCUUUUGGUCAAGAAAUCAAAUGUAUAAAGUUGAUUAAGAGAAAUGAAAAGUCUCAUGGAGCAAAUAAAAGCUAGCCACCCAUAAAUCAGACUAAAGUCGGAGUUUUAAAAAAGUGGAAUAUGAGUCAUGACUCUCAUCAGUGAGUCACAGUUCCACUAGGAGAGCUGCCCUGCUUCUGCAUAGGGGAUGCUUUCUAAGAACAGGCUCUUCCUGUGUUCCUAAUGCUGGGAGCAAGUGAACAUGUGGGGACUUUGUCACUUGAAAUAUUGAACAAGUUGUAUAUAGUGAACUAACAACAGGUUCUCUUAAUUCAAGAACUCCUGGAUGAUACUGACAGGCAAUCAUGCCUGGAGCAAUUCAAUCUGUAGCUUUAGAUUAGAUCAGGGCUAAUAGUGCCUCUUCAAGCUGUUGUAUAAAAAGUCACUCUUUUGCCUGCUUUUGGGACCUUUUCCCUCAUACUCGUUCAUCCCUCGUUCAGCCUUAAUAAGAAGGGCAGUGCCUAGUCUUACUGUAACUUGAUACACCAUAUUUGGUUAGCAUCCAUGGGAAGCCUGGCCACUUCUGAAGAGAAACAGAGGAGUGGGUGGAGGCAGCAGAAGAGAG